AUGGCCAAAGUAAUUAUUUCUGCGAUGAAGCAUGUCAAGUAUUUGACAAGCUUGGGCCCUCAUCCAGUCGGUUCGGACGCUCUAGAUAUUGCAAUACAGUAUGUGUUUGCAGCAUCAGAACAGAUCAAGAAGACAGCUCAUUGGGAGGUUGAUGUUCAAGUGGAGCUCUUCCAUGCAACUAUUGGUGCAAACCGUCUUGUCAGUGGGCUUUUCAAGGGGAAAACACUAUUGUACUUUGAUCUGAAGCAUGUAGUCCUGAAAAUUGUCCCCAUGUAUCUUCCACAAGCCGAGGAAAAUAUGAUUCUGGUCUCUUCUCAUAUCGACACAGUCUCUCUCACCGAAGGGGCUGGAGACUGCAGUUCAUGUGUGGCUGUGAUGGUGGAGCUUGCGGGAGUGUCUCAGUGGGCUCAUGGAUUCAAGAGUGGUGUAAUUUUUCUCUUCAACACUGGAGAGGAAGAGGGUCUUAAUGGUGCCCACAGCUUCAUAAGGCAGCAUCCAUGGAGAGAUACAAUUCGUUUUGCAAUCGAUUUGGAGGCUACGGGAAUUGGAGGCAGGUUCAGUAGUCAACUUCUUACUGGUGGUUCUGCCCCAUGGGCCCUUGAGAAUUUUGCUGCAGUAUCAAAGUAUCCUUCUGCCCAGAUCUUUGCACAGGUUAACACUAUGUUUUAUUCUGGAGCAAUAAAAUCUGCCACAGAUUUCCAAAUAUAUCAAGAAGUUGCUGGCCUUCCUGGGCUUGAUUUUGCUUAUAUAGAUGCUAGUGCUGUUUACCAUACAAAUAAUGACAAGCUAAAGCUUUUGAAACCUGGAUCACUUCAACAUCUUGGGGAAAAUAUACUUGCUUUUCUGCUUCGUACUGCUAUGUCUUCAAAGCUUCAAAAGGAUAUGGAACCUAGAGAAGAAGAAGGAACUGAUCACAAUCAGGCUAUCUAUUUUGAUGUUCUGGGUAUGUACAUGGUUGUAUAUUCUCAACAGCUUGCAACCAUGCUUCACAACUCGAUAUUUCAGGGAUUACUAUUAUGGACUACAUCACUGCUAAUGGGUGGUUAUCCUAGUGCUGUAUCUUUUGGGUUAUCAUGUUUGAGCAUCAUGCUGAUGUGGAUAUUUUCCAUGAGCUUAUCUGUUCUAGUAGCCUUUGUGUUACCCCUUAUAUGUUCCUUCCCUACGUCAUUUAUUGGAAACCCAUUACUAGUUGGUGGAUUAUUUGGCGCACUGGCUUUACUUGGGGCAUUAGUUGGUCAACAUAUUGGUUUUCAUCUUCUAAAGAAAUACCUUCGACAGAUGUUCUCCAAAAGGACGCGUAGGCUAUCUUCCAAAACUAUCACGUCCCGAGACCCGGCGGAAGCCCGCCCGUAUUUCUCCUUCCGUGCAAAGUACUUCGAGCGAUAUCGGUGA